CAAUCAACGCCUGAAGAGACGGAUCAAGUGAUUAAGUGUUGGACAAAAAGACAAUGCAAUCGACGGUCGAUGGCGUAGAGGGCGUGGAUGUGGGCUCCGGAGGGCCGAAGUUGUCACUCGUGGCCCAGUUUGACGACAUGUGCCGAUUCGGCAACUCAUUGAUUGCGGUCGACGAGCAGUCGCUGAUGGAUCUGUUGGCGAAGUGUGAGACGAAUCGGUUGCGAUGGCUGUCCACUCAACGCGAGUUAAUGGAUAUGAAGAGCAAAUGCCGCCAAUUGGAGGAACAGAACCGAGAGUUGGUCUCAAACCUGAAACACGUGAGGUUUGGGUUCGGAAAAGAGGUGCAGAACAGAGAGGAUCUGUUGAAGCAGAGGAAUGCGUUGAGGAAUCAGUUGAACGCCAUUAAGGACUUUGUGCUCAAAGACUCGACCGCUACUCAAAGCCAAGAGACCAGAGAUAAGGUGUUGUCUUAUCUGAAUCUAAACCAUUUGGAGACAGUAAAGGAGGACACGAAUGAGUCGAUGGAUGGUCUGGACUAUGACGUGAGCGAAGACAACAUAUUGAGUGAAUCGGUUCACAACAAUAGAUCCGUUCGUAACAAACGAAAGAGUACUGAAUGUGAUAUGAAUGCCGAAAGAGCCAAAUAUGCGAACCGAAGAGCGGACGAUAUCGGCGGCGACCGAAUGGCACCGAAAGCCGUGUUCGACGACAACACUGACUUGGAUUCGCCGACACUCGAAGGUCCGGCGCCGCGCACUUCACUCAAUGUGAAUCAAGUACUGGACGACAGGUAUGCGGCCGUCUCUAAGAGCUCUCCACAUAUACCAAACUCGAGGCGACUCUUUGUUGAGAAUCAUCCGCAAAAUCUUUCGCCCAUUUUCUCGACCACUCCUUUGGAGGAAAGGAAACACAAUUUGAUUCAAAAGAAGGCUUUCAAACCGGCCUAUUGUGGGCCCUGUCGUGAAGCCAUUGGAUUCUUUGGCACAUUCAUGUGCUGCGAAGACUGUCGAGUGAUUUGUCACAUCAAAUGCAAGAGUCGACUACCGGUGCCGUGCAUUCCGUUCCGUAAACCCAACGGAAAGAGUUCUCAAAUGGUAUUAAUAGCGGACUUUGCACCGCAACAAACGCGGCCAAUGAUUCCGGCGCUCAUUAUUCACAUUUGCAAUGAAAUCGAGAGAAGAGGUCUCGACGAGGAGGGGCUCUACAGAAAGUGUGGUUCCGAUAAAGAUAUCCGCGAAUUGAAAGAGAAAUUACUGAAAGCGAAGACUGGAAUGUUUGGCUUAAUUUCAUAUGACGUUCACGUUCUCUGCGGUGUUCUUAAGCUCUUUCUCAAAGAAUUAGACGAACCCAUCGUAACACGAAUUCUUUGGCGAGACUUUGUUCGCGCCUCAGAUCAAGAAAAUCCAGACGAAGAGAAGGCGUUGAUUAUGCAAACGGUUGAAGAGUUGCCCACAGCUAACAGAGACAGUCUGUCGUUUAUAAUGGUCCACUUGAUGCGUGUGGCCAACUGUGACGGCAACCGUAUGGACACCCGAUCGUUGGCCAAAGUGUUUGGGCCGACAAUUGUGGGCCAUUCGAUGAUCGAACCGCCGAUCACUGAAAUAUUAGCCGAAAAUCCAAAACAAAUCAAAGUAAUGGAAGCGCUCUUUAGAAUCCCCGAAGACUAUUGGAAUGGAGUGUUGACUUCAGUCAAUUCAUGGGAAACUAACAGAUUCGGAUCACCCGAUAGGAGAGCGCAAAGUAACGGCCGUCUGAUGGGAACCAUUCAAAGAGGAACUCUAACACCCCUUCGGAGUACUUCUCAGUCAAGAGGAGCCCUUUCAUUGAAACCUUUCCGUCGCGAAUCUGAUUGUAUUGAAUCUCAACCCAAAUCAACUAAAAAAGCGACAAAUAAACAGAUUCUGACGAAUAAAGUCAGUUUCGAAGACAAGAAUGGCAUCCAUAAAACGGUUGGUGAUAAUGACGGACAACCAAGAGAUCCAUCAAAUGAUCAUCAAAUUAUUGAAGCCCAAAUAAAUAUUCUGACUAUAAGAGCGACAAAUAAACAGAUUCUGACGAAUAAAGUCAGUUUCGAAGACAAGAAUGGCAUCCAUAGAACGGUUGGUGAUAAUGACGGACAACCAAGAGAUCCAUCAAAUGAUCAUCAAAUUAUUGAAGCCCUGCGGCAAGUGGUGCGGACGUGUACAGCACCCGACUCUUCUAAAAGACCCUCUGCUUCUGAAAUCAAUCAUUUACUCAAUGCAUAUCUCUGACGAUCCGAAGUGAUCAACAAAGUCACAGA